ACCCCCCACCCCCGGCUCGGCCCCAGAGCCCCUCAAUCCUCCACCCCUGCCCCCGGGGUCCCACGGUAGGAUGGGGGACAACACCAGCCCCAUCAGCGUGAUUCUGGUGAGCUCGGGGAGCAGGGGCAAUAAACUGCUGUUCAGAUACCCCUUCCAGAGAAGCCAGGAGCACCCGGCGUCCCAGACAAAUAAGCCUCGUAGCAGAUAUGCUGUCAACAACACUGGAGAUCAUGCCGAGGACCAGGACGGCGACUCCAGGUUUUCAGAUGUCAUUCUGGCAACAAUUUUGGCAACCAAGUCUGAAAUGUGUGGCCAAAAAUUUGAACUGAAGAUCGAUAACGUGCGUUUUGUUGGGCACCCGACACUCCUACAGCAUGCGCUGGGGCAGGUCUCCAAAACAGACCCAUCCCCGAAGAGGGAAGCUCCCACCAUGAUUCUUUUUAAUGUGGUAUUUGCACUGAGGGCCAACGCAGACCCCUCGGUGAUCAACUGCCUGCACAACCUUUCCCGACGUAUUGCUACUGUGCUACAGCAUGAGGAGCGCCGCUGCCAGUACCUCACUCGGGAGGCCAAGCUGAUCCUCGCGCUGCAGGACGAGGUUUCUGCUGUGGCUGAUGCAAAUGAUGGUCCUCAGUCCCCGUUCCAUCACAUCCUGCCCAAGUGCAAGCUCGCCAGGGACCUCAAGGAAGCUUAUGACAGCUUGUGUACGUCUGGUGUGGUGCGGCUGCACAUCAACAGCUGGCUGGAGGUGAGCUUCUGUCUGCCCCACAAGAUCCACUAUGCUGCUGCAAGCCUCAUCCCCCCUGAAGCUAUCGAGCGGAGCCUGAAGGCCAUUCGCCCGUACCAUGCCCUGCUGCUGCUCAGUGACGAGAAGUCCCUGCUGGGUGAGCUCCCCCUUGACUGCUCCCCAGCCCUGGUGCGUGUGAUCAAGACCACGUCUGCCGUGAAGAACCUGCAGCAGCUGGCCCAGGAUGCAGACCUGGCCUUGCUGCAGGUUUUCCAGCUUGCAGCUCACCUGGUGUACUGGGGCAAGGCCAUCAUCAUCUACCCACUGUGUGAGAACAACGUCUACAUGCUUUCCCCCAAUGCCAGCCUGUGUCUGUACUCCCCACUGGCCGAGCAGUUCUCCCACCAGUUCCCGUCUCAUGACCUGCCAUCUGUCCUUGCUAAGUUCUCCUUGCCUGUCUCCUUGUCAGAAUUUAGGAACCCCCUCGCCCCCCCUGUGCAAGAGACCCAGCUCAUUCAGAUGGUGGUGUGGAUGCUGCAGCACAGGCUCCUGGUCCAGCUGCACACCUACGUUUGCCUGAUGGCCUCGCCCAGCCAGGACGAACCCCGCCUGCGUGAGGACGAGGUCCCCUUCACUACCAGGGUCAGCGGCCGCAGCCUCAGCACACCCAAUGCCCUCAGCUUUGGCUCCCCAACCAGCAGUGACGACAUGACGCUCACUAGCCCCAGCAUGGACAACUCCAGUGCAGAGCUUCUCCCCAGUGGAGACUCCCCGCUGAACAAGAGGAUGACAGAGAACCUGCUAGCCAGCCUGUCAGAGCACGAGCGGGCGGCCAUCCUCAGUGUGCCUGCAGCCCAGAACCCUGAGGACCUCCGCAUGUUUGCCAGGCUCCUGCAGUACUUCCGUGGCCGCCACCACCUAGAGGAGAUCAUGUACAAUGAGAACACAAGGCGCUCCCAGCUGCUCAUGCUCUUCGACAAGUUCCGCAGUGUGCUGGUGGUGACCAACCAUGAGGACCCAGUUAUUGCUGUCUUCCAGGCACUGCUUACAUGAGCCUGGCCAAGGAUGCAGAGGCAGGCUGUUUCAGUGGGUGGGGGCACUGGCAGCUCCCCACCCAGGGCUCCCUCCCUGCCUGGCCUGAGUACUCUUAAUCCUGAGGUCCCAGUCCAGCCACCUCAUGGGGCUGCUACCCUCUGCAUUCUCACUUAUCUAGUCCUCAAAACAGAUCCAGUGUCCGAGCUGAGAGGUGAGGCUUCGAGCUAGUGGCAGCAUCCAGGACUCAUGUUCUGAGGGAUGCCUGCAUGCUUCCAAGAUUUGGGCUCCUUGUUUCUCUAACCUUUCUCUCAACCCUGCCUGUGUUCCUUGGCCCCUUCCACUGCUGCCCUUCCAAGACUCUGAGGGCCCAGUGCCUGGCCUGGUCUGUGUGACCCAGCACUGCCCCAUUCUUUCCAGCUUGCUGUGGGCCUUUCCUAGCCUGGUUCUCACCACAGCCCUGUGUUAGUUACCAGGAGGCUCAUGGCAAAGCCACACACACCCCUUUGCCACCUGAGGAAUGAGGGCCUAGGCUGAUCCACGGUGCUUGCUUGGCUUCCCCCUGGGGGUGGGGUCUGCACUGGUGUUCCCAGUCCUCCUUCACAUGGGGGGAGGGUACAGGAAGGGAGGCCUGUAUCAGGCCUGAGGAAGGAAGUAUCCGUGCUGGGCCUGGCUCUAUGUACCCUGCUGUCAGGGCCACUGACAUCCCCAUCCUGGAGGAAGAGCUGAUCGUUGAGGGGGGCUCUGGCUGAGACACAAGCAACAUGUUUUCUAGAAAUGAAGCAUUUAUUUGGUUUUUAAACAAUUAAAAAGCCUGUCCCGAGUA